AGACUGCGAGUAGCUAGCUAGGACACUAGCUAGUACUCAGCUCUCUCCAUCUUUUGCAAGACAGGAAAAAGAAAAGGAGGAGAAAGGAAAUGGAUGUGCAUCAGCUGGGAGCACAAGGAAGCGAGGAGUGAUAAAUAGACGAGUGGUGGUUGGCUUUGGCUAGCUGCUCCUACUAGGUACCAAUUUCUUACACGAGCUAACUAGAGUGCAAGCCCCCCUGCACAGCACAGCCACCUCUGCCUGUUCGGUGAGGGAGUCGAUUGGCACCGAUCGAGCUGCUACCAGGCCAGUUGGCAGCAGGACGAUGCAGCAGGGGGGUGAGAUGGAGUGCAAGGAGCAGCAGAUGCAGAUCGUGUGCGUGCGGAGCGCGUCGACGGGCGAGGAGGCGAUGGCGGAGUGGGCGGCGGAGCAGUCGUCGUCGCGGUCGGCGCUGUCGCUGUUCAAGGAGAAGGAGGAGGAGAUCGAGCGCAGGAAGCUGGAGGUGCGGGACAAGGUGUUCUCCAUGCUGGGCCGGGUGGAGGAGGAGACCAAGCGCCUCGCCUUCAUCCGCCAGGAGCUCGAGGUCAUGGCCGACCCCACGCGCCGGGAGGUCGACGCCAUCCGCAAGCGCAUCGACAAGGUCAACAAGCAGCUCAAGCCGCUCGGCAAGACGUGCCUCAGAAAGGAGAAGGAAUACAAGAUGUGCCUCGAGGCCUACAACGAGAAGAGCAACGAGAAGGCUACGCUCGUCAACAGGCUCAUGGAGCUUGUGAGCGAGAGCGAGAGGCUGCGGAUGAAGAAGCUUGAAGAGCUCAACAAGACGAUAGAGUCCCUCUACUAGAUCUGCUCUAAACGCCUCAAGAGAGGACGAAGACGAAGGCGACGGUCAGGUAGUCUGAUGGCACCACAGGAGGAGAGGAUGCACUGCUAGUUGCAUGCUACACGUGCAACUUUUUCUUGCGACGUGCGUGCAUGGUGAUUGAAUUUGUGUUGCUUUUACAUUUGUGUGCUUUGUAAUGGAUGGUCAGGCGCGAGAUACUGUUGCACUCUGGGCAUGUAAUGCAACUGCUCUGUCGCGGCGUUACAGCAGUGCAAACGGACACUCUUAAACAA